AUGUUUUCGUCCGCACUUUUCACGCCGUUUACCGAAGGGUUUUUCUAUUACCUUACCGCCAACUCAACCAUAACAACAACAACAGGAACCAUGAGUGUGAAAGACCAAAAUCGACAACCAAAGUCUCAGAGACUCAAAAGAACGUAUAGUAGAGGGGGUUGUAAAGAAUGUAAACGGAGAAAAAUAAGAUGUCCUGAAAAUAAACCUUCCUGUUCAACCUGUGUCAGACUCGGGAAAGAAUGUUCAUAUCCAUUACCCGGGGAGAAGGUACUACGUGUUUCAAAGAAAGUUUUAUCAGAUAUUCAAUUAUCACCGGAACCAAAUAGAAUUGUACCUGUUAGUAAUAGUGUCAAAGAAAAGAAAACAACACCAAAGCCAUUGACUAUUCAAAUGUACCUGGCAGAAGAUUUCGGUGGAAAACAAUCCAAAAGAAGGUUGAAACUUGAUCACGAUUACUUGACAAAUGACUUCAAUUCAAAAGAUAAAGAUAUCAAUUCGUCCAACCAAGUGGUACCACAGGAUAGUAAACCAAAAAAAGAGAAUGGUGGAAUAAGUGUAACACCAUCAACAUCAAACUCGGUCCUAGAUAUCAUCCAUCCUCAUCCCAUUGAAGAUUUGAACUCCCAAUUGAUGCAACACACACAAUCUUCAAGCAUAAUAAAUAGUACCCAUACAAGUCCUAAUUUACUUCUUGGUGAUUUCUAUAAUGAAGAAGAUGUGAAUUUAUUAGCAACUGAUUUGAAUAAUAUUGUCAAUGAUAUUAUGUAUACUGCAAAAGUUCCCAAUAAUAACAAUAACAAUACAUUCACCAAUGAUGUACUACUCGAUGAUCAUUUCUUUAGUCCAUUCAGUCAAUACACUUCAACCAGUGAUCUCAAUGAUAUCCCUCAACAUAUUUCACUAGAAUAUAUAAAACUAAAAACUGAAGAUGAAAGAAGAUACCUUGCAGAAUUCUAUCAUGAAUUUGCUUCCCAAAUUCUCCCAUUUAAAGCACUUGAUAAGAAAACUGGUGCAUAUUACAAUCCGGUACGAGAUGUAAUUUUGGUACAUGCAUCCAAAGAACCGUUUUUAUUAUCUGCUAUAUUAUCCCAAGGUGCCAAAAUGUCAUUUCAAAAGACAGAGAAAGCUUCUGAUUAUGAUAAUUAUGUUACUUAUUUAUCAACAUGUUUGAAGUUACUUGGUCCUGCAUUAAGCAAAAAUCGUGAUAAACUGGUCAAGGAUGAUUUAACAUCAAAUAUUGAAUGUAUUCUAAUUACAGUUUUAUUAUUAACUUCAUCCAAUGCCAUGACAGAGAAAUUAAGCUGGAGACCACAUUUGAAAGGUGCUAAAGAUAUAAUCAUCAAAGCUACUAAUAGUAAAAUCCGACUGUCAAAGACAUUGAUAUUGUGUAAAAUUUGGUUUGCUGAUUUUGAAAUAUUGGCAGGUACAAGUAGUCGACUAGGAGGUACGAUUAAAACCGACAGUGAUUUGGAUUCAGUAAUUAAUUUUGAAGAUGAGUUUGUUAAUUCCGUAUUGGAACAAUUUGGAUUAAUUCAAGCAGGUAAUUUCAACAUUAUGAGUGGAUACAACAUUCAAAUGAUCUAUCUAUUCCGAGACUUGGCGAAAUUGUUGAAUAAAAAAAGAGAAGCAGGAGAGAGUUUUAUACCUGGCGAUUCAUUAGAAUAUAUUCGAUUAAUUUCCGGAUUCUUCCAACAAUAUGAGAAAGUGUACAUUGAUAGAAAAUGUAUAUUGAAUGGGCCAAUCUCAACUCCUGUCACAGAAUUAUAUAAUCUUGUUGAUACAGUAGCUACCAUUAAGGGAACCACCAUAUAUAUUAGUUGGAUGGAUAUUUCACAACAAGUUUAUGCAUUAGCAGGAUUGAUUACAGUUUUCACAUCAAUAUUAUUAGAUCCACCAGAUUUACCACAUAUACAAGACUUGAAUGCAAAAUUGGUUUCAGUGAUCGGGUUUGUGCAAGACACGCAAAACUGUCUAACUAUGAAGUUUCCAUAUGGAUUUCUGAUGAUCCAUUGGCCAGUUACAGUUGCUGGGAUUAAUUGUACUGAUGUUAGUCAACGACCUAUUAUUACUAAAUUUUUUAACAUUUGUAUUGAGUUGGGUUCAGUUAGUGCUGAAAUCACAUUAAAGAGGAUCAUGCAGAUAUGGGAUCUUCGUGAUAAAGGGAAUGAUAUGGAAAGUAUUAAACAAGAUCUAGAUGAAAGUCAUUUAGAUAGUGUAGCAUAUUAA